AUGAUGCAUAGUGUGAUUCGUCGUUCUCCAAGUAUAACAUCGUCAACAGUGGCUGAUCCAUCAACAGUAACUGUGCGUAUUGAAGGCGCAUCAAUAAGUGAUUUAAAUGUUCAAGAUGUCGUAACAACAUCAUCAUCAGAUGAUGAUAAUGAUGAUUUAUAUCAAAGACAAAAACAACAAAAUAAUAGUGAUCGUUCUGUUCAUCGUGUUUCAUCCGGACCUACUCGUCGACAUACAUCAGCAUUAGGAACUAAUAACAGUAAUCCACCGUAUCAUCAACGUCCUAGUCGAUUAAGUACAGAUGUUACAAGUUCAAUGCGUUUACCACAAAAUCGACCCAUAACAGCUGUUUCCUUACCAGCAAAACCAUUUGCAUGUGAUAAUGAAUGGGAUCUUGAUUCAGCACGUACAUUAACAUCUAGUCAACGACGGAAUCCAUCUUGUCCAUCAAUAUCACCAACAAAUGUACGCUCAAAAUCUAUACUUACAACACAACAAGUUCCAACUGUAUUUAUAACUACUUCCGAAUGUCUUGGUAAAGAAUUUCGUCCACAACCACGUCGUGAUACACCAAGACGUUCACAAUCAUUAGCUAAAUCAAAUAUUAUCAAUGAUAAUAAUCCAGCAUCUCCAACAAUUCCAAUUGUUUUUCUUUCCGAUGACAUUUUAUUAGGUUCAAUACGUGCCUUACAAAAUGAAAGACAAUUAUGUAAACUAUCUAUUGAUUAUCUUAUUGAUGCAACAAAUAUGAGACCUAAUGAAUUAGCACGUAAAGCCAAUGUUGGUGCUCGUCUUCCAUGUCAUUGUGGUCAUACACAUUCACGUUGUACUUUAACACUUGAAUUCGAUCAACCAUUUAUUUCAACAACAUCAACAACAAUAUCCGAUCAUAAUAAUUUAAGUAACAGUAAAAUACGAGAAUUAAGUCGUACACAAUUAGGACAACUAUUCUCAGCUGUUAAUCGUUUUAUAUCGAAAGCUCAACAAGAAAAAAAACGUAUACUUAUCUAUGGUUUUGAAUUAUCAUCAAAUUCUCCAUUAGCUGUUAUUGCUAUACAAUAUUUAAUGGUAGCUGAUGAACAAUUAUCAUUAACUGAAGCAACACAUCGAAUACAUCGUUUAUUUCCUGUUAUACCAUUACAACAUCAACAUUAUCCAAUAAUGGAAAAACGUUUUCAAGAUUAUUUAAAACAAUUAGAUAGAAGAAUAUUUCCAAGAAAUUUUACUGUUAAUAGUAUAAGUGGUGAUGGUAGUAGUAGUGGAACUGAAAAUCGACAAUCACCACAUGAAACAUCAUGUGAAUCAUCUGAAACAACAACAACAACAACCACAACAGCAACAACAAUAAUAACAACAUCAAUGACAAAUGGUACAAAUGUUACAUCAUGGACAACUGUUCCAACGCCUAUUGUAAAUAAUAGUGCUGAUUCAUCUAAUCAUUUAUUUACUACACGUUCAGCUUGGGACACUUGA